GCAGAAGUGCCUGGUAUCACUUACUACAGACACAGGAUUUGCAAACCUGAGAGAGAGAAAUGGCCCAGGCUGGAAGGAACCAGAGCUCUCUUUUUAGAGCAUUUUAAAGAAAAGACGUCACAGAGCUUUAGGGAGAAAAGGGCAAUUGGAAGGAUAAUGCAGCUGUCCUUUGCUGGGGUGAUUCUCUUCCUUGCAGGCUACUCCUGUGGGCUGGCUGCCCCGGAGUUGACUGGCCCUGGGGAGGUGAGCAGGCCCCUGGGCGAGUCGGUGUCUGUGCAGUGUCAGUACCAUGAAAGGUAUCAAGAAAAUAGCAAAUACUGGUGCAGAGGAGCAGUUUGGAGCUCCUGUCACACAGUUGUUAAGACCACAGGGUCGGAGGCCGAGGCAAAGGGGGACAGAGUCUCCAUCAGAGACAACCACAGGCUGCGCACAUUCACGGUGACCAUGGAGACCCUGACGCUGGGAGAUGCUGGGAUUUACUGGUGUGGGAUAAGCAAAUUUGGAUUUGAUCCGGGGGUUCCGGUUAAGGUGACUGUUCUCCCAGGCUAUUUCUCUGCCCUGGCUGCCCCGGCACUGACUGCCCCUAGGGAGGUGAGCGGGCCCCCGGGGGACACGGUGUCCGUACCGUGUCAGUACGGUAAAACAGCUCAGGGAUCUCAGAAAUACUGGUGCAGAGGAGCACAGUGGAACAGCUGCUCCAAAGUUGUUGAGACUGAAAAGUCAGAGGUCAAGGUGAAAUGGGGCAGAGUCUCCAUCAUAGACAAUCACACCACAAGCACAUUCACUGUGACCAUGGAGAACCUGACUCUGGAAGAUGCUGGGAUCUACUGGUGUGGAAUAAAUAUAAAAGGUGGAGGUGAUCCUUAUUUCCUUGUUAACGUGACUGUUCUCCCAGCUCUUUCCACUGCAGUGAUGGUAACCACUGGAUCUCUCUCCCCAGCAAUAGGCACAACAAACACAGCUGAGCACCCCAAAAGUUCUCUUUUCACCAGCGCUAUGUUCCUGCUGCCAAUGCUCCUGCUGGUUUUACUUCUAUUACUGAGCGGAGCCAUGCUUCUGGCCAGAAGAAUGAUGCUGAAGAGGAAAAAGGCUGCUGGAGCCGUUGGGCCUAGCGCAGCAGUGAAUGAGGCUGUUGCUAGCACCGAAAGUGAUGUUUCCUAUGCAGCUGUGAAACCUAAAUCUAGAAAAUCCAUCACCACAGCCCCAUCGCCUCACUCCGCUCAGGCCGAGCCCAGUCCAGAAGGGGUGGAAUAUUCUGCUGUAGCUCCAGGAAUGACAGAUAUUUCUUACGCCACAGUGAAAUAUCCAAUCCUGGAUGAGCAGGCAAUCUACAUCAAUGUGGACAGGUCAUCCGGUCAACCCCCCUUGAGCAGCCCUCUGGAACAAACAGAGUACUGCGCAGUGAAAAAGAAAUAGGCUCCCUCUGGAACAUUUCCUUUCCCUCCUUCCCUGUUGUUGUGUGGAAGUGCAAAGAUUGCAAUCUCUUGGAGCAGUGUUGCAAGGAAUGAAAUCGUCUGAGAUGAGCUGGUGCUGGUGGAGUCCCAGCCAGAUUAAGCAAAUGCCAGGUGGAACUAUAGUGAACUGGGAGACUGUCUCACCAGAAUGGUCUGAUGCAGCUAAACAUGGUGUAGUGUAAUGGGGGAGGGGGAAGGGGGGAAAAUGCUGUGGAAAGGCAGAAAAAUCAGUUACUCAGUCUUAUUUAUUUACAUGUACGUCAGUCCUCACUUGUACUCUCUCAUGCAAGUUAAAGCCGGGGGGGGGGGGGGGGGGAGAAUGUGAUUCUGCAGAGAUGGGUCCAAGUCAUGUAGUUCUGCUCCAGUUUCCUAGAUUUGAAGGGAGAGAGGUUGGGUUUGGGAUCCAUCCCGACCCAGGGAGCAUGGUGGUGGUAACAUCUUCAUCCCCCAGCUCUCCUGAGACAGUGAAGCGGCUGCAUGCAUCAUAGCUGCUCAGGAGAGAGAAGAGAGCACCAUGGGAGCAGGACCACAGAAAGACAAGGGGUGGAGUGCGGCUGGCAUUUGGGGACAAUGCUUAGACAGGAGCAUUCCCCAAAAAGGCAGCUGGAACUUUGAUUGGAAUGGGCCCCCAAUGAAAGAAAAUGCCAGGGAGGAAAGGAGAAAGACCUCAGACACCAAGCAGCAUGGAAUAGCACCAGCUCGGUGGAGACGAUGCAACAUUGUUAGGAUAUUAGGAAAAACUUUUUCACUAGGAGGGUGGUGAAGCACUGGAAUGGGUUAC